GAUGAUAACCAAUUAAAAGAGUGCAAAGAUUACGACUGGGUUAUUGAACCGUCUGAAAUGAUCGAUGAUACUUAUGACUAUAUCUUUAUUACGCUCGAUUCUGUCACCUCAUGGGAUGAGGCGGGCCAGAGUCUGGUGAAGAUAAUCGGGAAGGCUGCACGUGGUGGCAAUACCUGUGUUAUUCUUGGGAUUAUUUUUCUAGACCUAAGAACCUUGUUCCCUCAGGUCUCUGGCCUCAAUGAUAACUAG